UCUGUAAUUCUUAAUUGCUUCAUUACUAAUGGCAUACCAUUAAUAUAAUUACUUUAUGCCAGUAUCAUGUUUUUAUGCAGCUGUAUUUUUCUGGUUUCAGCAAAUAAACAGUGGAUCCAUCCACCAGAUUCCAUAACAAGAGGUCAUAUACUUUACACAGUGAAGUUUUAUGGAGAAUGUGAGGUUGAAUCACCAAAAGGUACAGAUGUUGUGAAAGAUGCUAUACGUAAACGAAAGUUCAACAAGACUAUACGAAAGACUGAAGGUCAGAAGACUCCAAAAGUAGAAUUAUCAAUAUCAGUGGAUGGUGUGACCAUACAAGAACCAAAGACUAAA